UACACUGUACAUAGUGCGUCCCGCAGGUAUGGGCAUCGAGGCGUGCUCGUGCGCGCCCGCGGCGGCGCUGGCGGCGCCCGAGCCCGACCUGCUCUACGACCACCACUCCUCCGAGGAGGAACUCGAGGUGACCGCCGUUACACUGUAUAUAGUGCGUCCCGCAGGUAUGGGCGGCGAGGCGUGCUCGUGCGCGCCCGCGGCGGCGCUGGCGGCGCCCGAGCCCGACCUGCUCUACGACCACCACUCCUCCGAGGAGGAACUCGAGGUGACCGCCGUUACACUGUAUAUAGUGCGUCCCGCAGGUAUGGGCGGCGAGGCGUGCUCGUGCGCGCCCGCGGCGGCGCUGGCGGCGCCCGAGCCCGACCUGCUCUACGACCACCACUCCUCCGAGGAGGAACUCGAGGUGACCGCCGUUACACUGUACAUAGUGCGUCCCGCAGGUAUGGGCGUCGAGGCGUGCUCGUGCGCGCCCGCGGCGGCGCUGGCGGCGCCCGAGCCCGACCUGCUCUACGACCACCACUCCUCCGAGGAGGAACUCGAGGUGAUCAACGGCAGCCCCGCUCCGGGCGGCACGGCGGCGCGGGGCGAGGGGCGGCGGCGCGGCGCCUCGUCCCCGGCGCGCACGGCGCCCGAGAAGCGCCGCUGGCCCGCGGAGCCCUACGACGACGAGCUGGCGGCCCCGGCGCCCUCCUCCGACGAUGACGACACUAAGGCGGAGACGCCGGUGCGGUUCCGCACGUCGCCGCCGCUGGAGGCGCUGAAGCCGCGGCGCGCGGGCGAGUGCGGCUGCGCGGGCCGCGCGCCCUGCUCGCCGCGCCGCCGCCGCCUGCCGCUGCCGCCGCCGCGCCGCCACCGCCCCGCGCUCGACUUCGACAAGAUGCAGCAGCUGAAGGUGGGCGGCGGCGGCGUGCGCUCGUGGCGCGCGGUGGGCGGCGCGCACGGCGGCGAGCUGUCCGUGUUCUGCUGGUGAUGCGCCCACCACCACGUCUGCCCAGGAAGCACAGUUGUCGAGCAGUGGCGCGCGCCGGGCUUGCGGCGCCGGCGCACGCCGCGCAGUCGCCGCUCAUAUCAGGUUAAAGCGACUCGGUGCGCCGUCCGAGUGUUCGAGUUCCUUUAAUUGCACUCAAAUAAUGAUCAAAGUACAAACUUACUAAUACUAUUAUAUCGAUCGCGUUCGCCGCAUUCGCCGACCGAAUGUAGUUUUUGGAAAUAUUUACUCGUUUUGAAUACUGUGUUUAAAUUAUUGCCACUUGUAAUCGGUUUCGGAUGUUUGUAUUAGUAGUCGGGGCUUCCCCGAGUCCCGGGGGCGAGCCGGGAGGUGAGACGCAGCGACGAGACGCGGACUCGCGUGGCCAUCGGUAGUUACAUAAACGAAUUCUAUUAUUUAGUCGUCGACGCGGCGUUGUAUUUCUGGAGCACUCGACGCGACGUCGAUGUGACGAAUUUUGGAGAAGAAGUUCACGGGAUGCGGGUUUCUUCUCCGAGAUGUUUUGUACACGGUUUUGACACGAAAAACAUACUUUUCAGACAAAAGUAUAUCUGUAGACUAAAGUUAAACUUACAUUUAAUUAAUAUAGCUGUCCUAAUAAUAAUAAUAUAUGUAUGUGGUUUUAGUUGUAACUGUAUGAAGCGCGAACCCCACGUAUCUCGCGUCAGGCGAAGCCCGCAUCGCGUGAAUCGGAAUAUAGGAGGUGACGUAUCGGUAGAAUCGCCUCGGCUUUUGAUCUCGAAUCGCGACAGCGGCUCGAUGCUGGCGCGGCGACAGCGACCCGCCUCCGGCGAUCGAGUCGCGCGCGAUUCCAUAAUAGAUUAUCAAAAUAUUUUUAUCAUUUUUAAAAUGUCAAUUGAUAUGAACGCGAUGCGCUGCCUUUUGUGCAAUAUGGACGGAAUUUAUGAGAUGUUUAAAUAUGGAAGCUGGGGAGCGUGGUUGCGUCGUCCGGCCGGCGCGUGUAAAAAGAAACGUUUUGCGAAAAAGCGCGGGAAACGCAAUUGCGCCUCCCUUCUGUCGAUGUGACAGUCGACAGAUGAAAGAGAACGUAAUGGCGCGCUCGUCGUUCGUACAAUAUAUUGGUUGUACCUAGUUGUAACUUAUGUUAGUAGUUUAUUUAGCAGGGCUAAUUCUGUUACUCUUGUUGUGUUAUAAACGAAAAUGAAAAAAAAAAUAUAAUAAAAAUGUGGUGCGAGUGGAUACAAGUGAAUUUAACGAUAAAGACAUUUAACAAAUUUUCAAAUUAAUACGAUAAAAGUACUAAGACUUUUUUAAAAAUCGCUUGGAUAAAGAUUGUAUGUACAUAGUGUUAAGUUACGUAGGGUUCUAAGGGGUACUUCCGACUAUCACACUGAAUGUCUGCCUACGGCCUCUAAACUGCGGUAUUAUAGAUGUCCUGCAGCAUUGACUUAUAUCUAAUUAACAAUUUAUUACCUUACAAUCGUAUUUCGUCGGUUUAACGCAAGAAUUCUCAUUAAUUGCACAAAGUCAAGUAGGUACCUUGUAGGUAGUAGGUUGUAAACUGUUUACAACAACUAUGCACUGCAGGUCUACACGAAAUCUAUACCUACGUAAUUAUAGUUCAUAGUUGUUGUAAACCGGUACUUGAAGAUAUUUUUUGCAAUUAAUGAGUUUUAGCAGUAAACAGACGAUAUGGCGUUAGGUAUUUUGCUAAAUUAAGAACGUCAAUAGUUCAACGAUUAAAAAGUGGAUUAAAAUCCGAAAGGUCAACGGUUCAAACCAAAACCCGUCGCACUAAUAUCGUCUUGUCAUCGAUCACAGCGCAUGCAUCGAUGACAUCUCAAGUUGAGAGUUGCUGCAAUGUGUAACUACCGCCACUUCUCGCGAUGGCCGAGCUUCAGUGAUAAUCGGAGCUACACCUUAAGUGCAGUCUUAGAUGUAGUAGGUAUAACAAAUUGUAUGGCGGAGGCGCCCGGCGCCUGCUCUUUUGUUAACAUUUCUUUUGUGUUAUUUUUAUUUUCGCUAAACGUUUCGUUACUGACUCGUCCGUGUUGUUUCCGAUUUGUGAGACAUCCCUGCGAGCCGCUUAAGGGUUUCAGAACUCGUCACGAAAGUUGGAGUAAAAAUCUAUAUUAAGUACAUAGGUGUAUCGCGAUCUCAGUGGAAAAUUGAAUUUAUUCCUGAUGACUUUAGGCUUAUUUCGAGGAUUAACAACAUAUAACAUUAAAACGGGUACGUAGGAUUAUUACGACGAUUUAUCGAUAUUUGGACCAAGUUGCAUGUAUUGUUGAGAGAUGAAGUUGUCAUGGACAAUAUCGAACUACCCGCUUUCUUGUUCAUUUCGCUGGAACUUUGCGAGCUGUCCGGCAAAAUACACUCAUUAUGUCGUACGACCACAAAUCAUGCAACUGGGUCGAAAUUAGAUAAGUAUGUAAAUCAAAUCUAUCGUAUUAAUCGGUGCCUACCCAAUGUUUACAUUGUAAUAAGUAUGAAUUAUUCCUUGGCCUAUGUACUGCGCUUCAAAAAAGACCUUGGAAUCGAUUACUGCGUUCUGAUUUCGUGACGCGAUCUAUCCUAUGAGUUUUGACCGAAAUCACGAACUUUGGACUCAAUUUUACCAUAGUUUUAGGCCAGAAAUGAGUUUCAGUGGACCAAAAACGUCCAGAUUAAACAGAAAAAAAAAGGAUUUUGGUCAGAGGUGUCAUCACACCAUUUUGUUGACCAGCCUACUGAUUGGCUAACUCAGUGUCUUACACUGCCACCGAGCCCAUUUGACAUUUAUUUUUAAUCCAUUGAAAGUUUUCUAUGAAAAAUUAUUUUGAUGUCACUCAGUGAAGCAGCAUUGUAGCACCAACCAAUAUCAAAAAGCUCGGUGGCUAACAUUCAGUGCUAUAGACACUCUACGUUAGCGAAUCACCCCGCAGCUCCUCAUUAUUGUUAAGGCAAGUGAUAGCGAGCAAACUUUUUCAAAACUCAUAGUAGCCCUUCUGAUUUUACUUUUUUUGCUGUCAAAUUGUAAUUUAAAAUCAAAUUUUUUACUGUGUCUACUUAAAAACAUGAACUCUUACUUCUUUGCUGCGGCUAAAUGCGAAAUUACUUUAGGAACGAACGCAAUGCGUUUUAGAUACAUGAUAUUCAAAAAUAUUUGGAAAUAACUUUUUACACUUUUGUCUACUUUAUAAAAAUAAAUCAUAGUGCAGAAAUAAUACAGAACUGUGGGUUUACCAUCAACCAUACCUACUUGCAUUAGCGAUGGGUGAUUAUUGCAAAAAAACAAUCGAAUGAAUCGAACAAUCGGUUUAUUAAAAAACAGUCGAAUAAAAAUCGACAGUCGAUUAUUCAAUUACUCGAUAACGCAAUGCGUUCAAUUUUCGAUUCAUUCGUCCCAGACAUGUAACAAUUGAACAAUCGGAAACAAUCGAUUGUUUUGUACAAUUAUUCGAUUGUUAUUCGAAAGAAUCGCCCACCGCUAACUUACAUCGCAAGUAUCUCUACUCUUGACGCUAGUUGAGUCUUGACUAAACUGAACUAAAGACGGCAAUAAAUAAUACCAACAAUGCCAACGCACCAUGUGAACGCGAUGAAGCCAUACCCUAUCCACGGAAGGAAGUUAGUAUAGCGCUCUCUGUUACAAAUCCAAAAAUCUCAGUGAGCGCUAAUAAUUUUGAGCCCCCAACCAAUCACAAACGAAACUAUGUUUUCUAAUUGAAUUUCGAAUGUUUUUUAAAACAUUUUGAAAUUGAAUUUGGAAUGUUUUUUGAAAGCAUGUCUGUACAUGGCUGGUGACUCAAAAAGGUUAACGCCUACUGAAAAUGGCUCUAUCAUUUGUAUGAGAUUACGUAACUGAGAGAGCGCUAUGCCAACUUCUCUCCGCAGAUGGAGUAUAGCACGUUAGCAUAUUGUUCUGUUUAGGUAAUAGCAAAAGUUGACAGUAGUCCCACUGUUCGCUUUCACAUUCAGCCGCAGCAAAUCAUUAAGAUCGGCUUACCGACAGCAAACGUGGCUUGCAGCGAUGCGCGUUGCUACAACCAUCGGUGAUAUUUACAAGAUGAUUUAUAUUAUGUUUUAUAUAAUGAAUUAACAAGCGUAAUAAAGAGUGAGCAAUGGCACAUCUUA